AUGGCAGAACUGAAGAAGCUUCAUAAAUUCAACAGAUCCCUCCAACUCAACCCAUUUGUGAAGCUUGGUGAUAACAGACCCCACAUGGUUACAGAGCUACCCAGGAUUCUGGUGAUUAUCCCUGUUUUUAUUCCUGCAGCAAAAAUUCAUGAGGAAAUUGACCGUGUGAUUGGACAUAAUCGAGCUCCUUCCAUAAAGGACAGACAAGAUAUGCCCUAUAUGGAUGCUGUGGUACACGAAGUGCAAAGAUUUGCUAACAUCAUACCUCUCAACCUGUCCCAUGCAAUGACUCGGGACAUCCAGUUGCAACAAUAUUUCCUCCCCAAGGGCACAACAAUCUUCCCGCUUCUCUUUCCAAUCUUGUUUGACAGCCAAAAGUUUCUCAACCCUCAACAGUUUGAUCCCCAACACUUCCUGGAUAAGAAUGGGAAAUUCAAAAAAAGUGACUACUUCAUGCCUUUUUCCAUUGGAAAAAGGUCUUGUGUUGGAGAGGGCCUGGCAAGAAUGGAGUUGUUUUUGCUUUUUACCACAAUUCUACAGAACUUCACCCUCAAAUCAGUUCGAGAUCCAAAUGAAAUUAGCAUCAAGACCAAGGAGGUGGGGUUCACCAACAUUCCACCAUUUUAUGAGCUAUGCUUUCUUCCUCGCUAA